CUAGCGCUGAUCUCUCAGGCUGGUUUUUGGGAGUGUUCGACGGUUCGAUAUAUCAGGCUUGAUUGGCCGCUUAUCACUGCUUUGAUUGAGAGGUGGAGGCCAGAGACCAACACCUUUCACAUGCAUAUAGGGGAGUGCACCAUCACUUUACAGGACGUGGCCGUCAUUCUUGGGCUCCGGAUCGAUGGGCCGCCAGUUACGGGCACCGAUGAUCAUAGUUGGCCCGAGGUAUGUGCCCGGCUUCUUGGACAGGUUCCCGACUUGAGGAGUGGUGCGAUGAAGCUAUCGUGGCUUCGUCAGACAUUUCAGGGCGACAUACCAGAGGAUGCCUCUGAUGAGACGCUCCAGUUUCAUGCUCGUGCAUACAUAUUGCACAUGAUAGGGUGCGUACUAUUUCCUGAUGCGAGCAAGACUCUCGUACAUGCACGAUGGCUGCCACUGCUGGAGGAUUUUGGUGUAUGCGGGGCACUAUCGUGGGGCAGUGCGGUGUUGGCAUAUUUGUAUCGAGAAUUGAGUAGAGUAUCUCUGAUGCAGAAUAAAGAAUUCAAGGGAUGCUGUACGUUGAUACAGAUUUGGUCAUGGGAGCGCAUUCAUAUUGGACGCCCUACUUUACUUGUGCACCGUGACCUACAGGGGCAGUUUCCUUUGGCGUACAGGUAUAACGUGCGGUACGCUAAGUACCGAUCAGCGACGCGCCAUCGUGAGUUUUACCGAAAUGAGCUUGAUGGUCUCCAACACGAACAGUUCAAGUGGAGACCCUAUACACCGCCGGAGCUCGAUAUACAUUCUCUUGCACCUAUCUGCCGAGAUAGUCCCGACUUGUGGAGAGCCAGAGUUCCAUUGAUCUGUUGGGAGAUCGUAGAGAUGCAUGUACCGGACCGUGUGCUACGGCAGUUUACACUCUCUCAGCAUAUUCCAGAUCCUGUCGAGCAGAUCAAUCGUCAGCGACGCCCUACAUCGCACCGAACUGAUUGGGCCGUAGUCCGUGCGGCCUACAUAGACAGGUGGGCUCACAGGUGGGAUUUCAUCCAGGAUACGAGGCCCACAGCUGUUGACUAUACCGCGUAUAUGGGUUGGUAUUGGGGUAUCACACGUAGAUGGAUCACACGUGACCCACAGCCCUUAGCUGGACACAUGCCACGGCCACCGACAGACAGUUACAUCCCUAGUGGGAUGAACGAGAGAGAUUACGUCCGUGCUUUUGAUAGCAUUCAGGCUGAUAUUGAUGCGACCGUGCCUGAGAUUCAGGAUCAUGUGGUGUUAGGGCUCCUCGGCAGGAUCAAGAAGACCAUAGCACAGGUGUUUCAUAAGACUCACGUCGACGAGUUCGCAGGCCGUGAGGACAUGUCUCGAUCAUUUGGGCAAGCGUACACUCGGCGCCGACGGCCACGUGACGAUGACGGCGGCACUUCGCAUGCUGAUGGAGCCGGCACUUCGCAUGCUGAUGGAGCCGGAACUUCACAUGCUGAUGAAGCCGGCACUUCACAUGCUGAUGGAGCCGGCACUUCACAUGCUGAUGGAGCCGGCACUUCGCAGCCUCACACACAGCCGGAUACUCAGAUAGUCGAGGCUCAUCAGCGCGGGGGGCGGGGAAGAGCGAGGGGGAGGGGGAAGAGAGGGAGAGGAAGGAGAGGAGCUAUAUUAGGUUGUAUUUGA